GCAGUCUGAGAAAUGGCCGCUUAGGGGGAGACCUCCGUGCACCAUUGCAACUUUUGCUCUGAAUUUCGACAUUACGGCUCUCAGAUUACAUUUAUCUCCUCUCUGAGUGAGUCAAGCAGCUAUUCGACCUACAGUUGCUGGAUAAAAUGGCAUCUAAACGCGUCAGUCCACCUAAAACCAGGCAACGUGAUAACGCUAAAGAUGGCGCGGGCGACCGAGAAGAGAUUGCUAGCAUACACGAGCUUCUCAAUAUAGUGGAGCUGCAGGAAACAUCCCGCCGCAACAAUCUGCGAUUUCAGGGUUUUCCAGAGCAUUGCGAAGGGAGAGGCCCAGCAGAAUUCCUGUGGGAUGUGAUUCCUGAGAUGCUCGGCUUGGAGUUCCCGUCUGGGCUCGUGGUGGAGCGAUGUCACCGCUUGGCAGCCGCUCGUAUGGGGAGCAACAGGCCGGAGAGAAUUCCCAUCACCCGGUUCCUUAACUGGGAGGACAAGGAGUCAGUAACCAACGCGGCGAGGGAAAAGGGUGAAAUCCGCUGGAAUGGCAACCUCAUCAGGACCUUCCAGGACUAUUCAAAAGAAACGGUGUCUUUGCGGCAAAGUGUUGAGAAUGCAAGAGGCCGCAGGAAAGCUUUCAAACUGAAAUACCCGGCGGUUCUCUGUAUCGCUACGGGGGGCGGAGGAGAGCGGCGUUUUGAGAGUGCUCGCACCGCGCUGAGCUUCAUUUCAGCCCUACAGCCGGUGGCCGAGCCCCCACCUGAUGGCGCAUUGUACCGCGGGAGUCCUGGACUUGAUGUAGGCCAGAUUGGCCGUUAAACAUGGCUUAGCAACAGAGAACUUGAAGGACUCUGAGGCUGUAAUGGCUGAAAGGCUUUGUACCAGAGAAACUCCCAUCCAGUAGACUUCACCUCACAGGUCAGAGUAACUGUGUCUCCAGUGUAGACAGAGCGCUGAGGAUCCACCUUCACAGUCGGUGUGGGUUUUCCUGUUGGUAUGAAAUGAUGAAUCAGAGCCGCUUUUCAUUUUACAACACAAGCAGUAGUUCAAUCAUCUUAUACACUGUAUUUUAUUAAUGAGUCUUUAAAUC